GUAGUUGGUGUAGUUGGUGUAGUUGGUGUAGUUGGUGUAGUUGGUGUAGUUGCUGUAGUUGCUGUAGUUGGUGUAGUAGCUGUAGUUGGUGUAGUUGGUGUAGUAGCUGUAGUUGGUGUAGUUAGUGUAGUUGCUGUAGUUGCUGUAGUUAGUGUAGUUGGUGUAGUUGCUGUAGUUGAUGUAAUUGCCGCAGUUGCUGUAGUUGGUGUAGUAGCUGUAGUUGGUGUAGUAGCUGUAAUUGGUGUAGUUGGUGUAGUUAGUGUAGUUGCUGUAGUUGCUGUAGUUGGUGUAGUUGGUGUAGUAGCUGUAGUAGGUAAAGUUGGUGUAGUAGCUGUAGUUAGUGUAGUUGGUGUAGUUAGUGUAGUUGGUGUAGUUAGUGUAGUUGGUGUAGUUAGUGUAGUUGGUGUAGUUAGUGUAGUAGCUGUAGUUGAUGUAGUUGCUGUAGUUGGUGUAGUAGCUGUAGUUGGUGUAGUUAGUAUAGUUGCUGUAGUUGGUGUAGUUAGUGUAGUUGCUGUAGUUGAUGUAGUGUAUGUAGUUGGCGUAGUAUGUGUAGUUGGUGUAGUAUAUGUAGUUGGUGCAGUUGCUGUAGUCAGUGUGGUUGGUGUAGUCACUGUAGUUGGUGUAGUUAGUGUAGUUGGUGUAGUUACUGUAGAUGGUGUAGUAUGUGUAGUUGGUUUAGUAUGUGUAGUUGGUGUAGUAUAUGUAGUUGGUGUAGUGAGUGUAGUAUGUGUAGUUGGUGUAGUAUAUGUAGUUGUUGUAGUUGUUGUAGUUGGUGUAGUUAGUGUAGUUCAAGUAGUUACUGUAAUUAGUGUAGUAUGUGUAGUUGGUGUAGUAUAUGUGGUUGGUGUAGUAUGUGUAGUUGGUGUAUUUAGUGUAGUUGUUAACCAAAACUACACUAAACUACACAACCUACAUCAAACUUAACCAACUACACAACACCACGCGAAACAACACCUACUAAAUCAAACUACACCAACGACACAAAACUACACCAACUACACAAAACUAAACCAAACUACAUCAACUACACAAAACUACAGGAAACGAAACCUACUAAACCAAACUACACUAAAUUACACCAACUACACAAAACUACGCCAACUACACAAAACUACACCAAACUACACCUACUACACCAAACUACACCAAACUACACCAACUACACAAAACUACACCAAACUACACCAACUACACCAAACUACUCCCACUACACAAAACUACACUAACUACACCAACUAGACCAACUACAGCAACUACACAAACUACAGCUACUACAUUAACUACAGCUACUACACCAACUACAGCAACUACAGUUACUACACCAACUACAGCUACUACACCAACUACACUUACUACACCAACUACAACUACUACACCAACUACAGCUACUACACCAACUACAGCUACUACACCAACUACAGCUACUACACCAACUACAGCUACUACACUAACUACAGCAACUACAGUAACUACAGCAACUACAUUAACUACACCAACUGCAGCAACUACACCA